ACCCCAUACAUUCCCUAGACUGGCCUCCGUAUAACCUCUCCACCCUCUUCCUCUUCCCCACCCAAGCAUCAGUGUGAGUAAGUGGUAUGUGUAGCCGCGGAGAGGCCGAACGGCGACUGUGCCUUCCCUGCAGGUGUUCACUGAGGCAGCGCAAUGCAGUGGAAAGAUCAUGAGUUCUGGGGUCAGACGGGCCUGGGUUUCAAUCCCAGCUCGGGCAUCUCAACACCUUGGGCAAGUCACAUUACCUCUCUGCUUCAUCCUCGGUUUCCUCAUCUGUGAAAUGGGCAUAAAGAAGCCUCCUAACUUUACCGUGGAGGGGACUAAGUACGAUACCAGAGGCAAAGCCCCCGGCACGUGGCAGAGCCCCGUUAAAAGUGGGGGCUUCUCGCCAUGGGGAAAGGGAAGAGGUAGGAGACGAUGCAGGGUCGGUGCCGGCAGGAGUGGGCGACAGACGGGGACGCCGGCGCUGGGAGGAAGGGGGCGAGGGGCGCCGUGCCAGCCUCCGCGCCCCUCGUGGUGCCAGAACCCGGCGGGCAGCGAGCCGGGCUCUGAGGAGGAUACUCCGGGCCCUCGCCUGCAGGCGGCUCCGGGAGGGCCAGGUCUUCCGGCACCGCCCCGGCCUCCCGCCCUCCCUCAUCCCCUCACUUACCGGCCCAGCCGGGCCCUUCAGCACCGCCGGCUCAGCCACGGACGGCCUCCUGGGCGUCCUUGGAAACUCCUUCCGGCCGGAACCACUUCCGGCCAGGCUGCACCCUCAUUGGCUGUUCGCGCGGGGGCAGGACGGAGGCCGCGGGUGAUUGGUUGGAGGCCCCGGCACCAACGGAACGCGACUGGGCUGCGGUGUGCCGGCGGGACUGCCUCCGGGAGGACCGAGCGCUUCCGGUGCGUGUGGUCUGCCUCGGCCACCCUAGAGGAAACUGCAGCCCCAAGCUCACCGCCACCUGUACUGUCCUGUUUUACUUUUCUCCUUAGGAUUUUGUACUACGUCACACCCUGUAUUUCACCUGAUUGUGGUCUGUCUCUCCCGCCGGCAUGUGAGCAUGGUGGUUUGUCCUCCAACGAUAGCAAGAAACUGUGUCUUCCAUGGCCUCAUUGGUGGCUUAUGAUGACUCAGAGUCAGAGGCCGAGACUGAACCUGUGGAAAGUUUUAAUGCUGCCGGCCAGGUGAAGGACACCACUGAUGUGGUCAAACCUCGUGGGCAGGAUUUUGCAUCAGAAGCCCCAGGUGUGACAGAAGGGGCAGCACUGCCCACAAAGCACGGUUCUCAUGAAGACCCAGCUGGCCAUCGUCUCCCCCUGGUUCGGCUCUGGAGAAGUGACCCAGGAUCUUGCCCCAGCCAGAGGCUACGGUGGCCCAGAACAGAGCCUGAAGCCACCUUCCCCACAGACAAGCCUCCUCGACCUUCCCUGUGGACCAGCCACGUUCCAGCUGGCCAUGUGCCCCUGGCAGCUGCCCGCUUUAAGCAGGUGAAACUCUCCUGGGGAACUUACGACUCCCCCCAGCCAUCGUCCUGUGCCCAAACCAAAUCUGAAACCCCAGGUAAAAAUGGCAACUCUCUUCAGAGGAAAAGGUGUGAGGACUGUGUCGUGCCCUACACCCCCAAAAGAUUAAGACAGUCGCAGGCAUUAAGCACAGAAACAGGCGAGAGUAAAGAUACGGAGGCACAGGGUCCCUCUGUGGGGCGUGCCCCGGCCCCUCUCUGUGUGGCCCCCAGAGUGUCCGAGUUUAUUGAGCCAUACUUGGACAGUCCGUAUCGAGAAACCACAAUUCCCAGGAAAGUGCUUUUCCACCUGAGAAGCCACAGGGGCCCCGUCAACAGCAUUCAGUGGUGUCCAGUCUUCGCCAAGAGUCAUAUGCUUCUCUCAGCUUCCAUGGAUAAAACCUUCAAGGUGUGGAAUGCUGUGGACUCAGGCCGCUGCCUGCAGACCUACUGCCUGCACAGUGAGGCGGUGCGGGCCGCCCGGUGGUCCCCCUGUGGCCGGCGCAUCCUCAGCGGGGGCUUCGACUUCGCCCUACACCUCACGGACCUUGAAACAGGAACCCAGCUCUUCAGCGGUCAGAGUGACUUUAGAAUCACUACUUUGAAAUUUCACCCGAAAGACCACAGCCUUUUUGUGUGUGGAGGCUUCAACCCCGAAGUCAAAGCUUGGGAUAUAAGGACCGGCAAGGUGGUGAGAAGCUACAAGGCAACCAUCCAGCAGACCUUGGACAUCCUCUUCCUCCAGGAAGGCUCUGAGUUUCUGAGCAGCACGGACGCUUCGAGCCGGGACUCUGCUGACCGCACCAUUAUUGCCUGGGAUUUCCGGAGCUCUGCCAAAAUCUCCAACCAGAUUUUCCACGAGAGAUACACCUGCCCCAGCCUCGCCUCGCAUCCGCGGGAGCCCGUGUUCCUGGCACAGACCAACGGCAACUACCUGGCCCUCUUUUCCGCCGUGUGGCCCUACCGGAUGAGCAGAAGGCGGCGCUACGAAGGACACAAGGUAGAAGGCUACUCAGUGGGCUGCGAGUGCUCCCCAGACGGUGACCUGCUGGUGACGGGCAGUGCCGACGGCCGAGUCCUGCUGUACAGCUUCCGUACUGCCAGCCGGGCGCGCACGCUGCAAGGGCACGCGCAGGCCUGCGUCGGUACCACCUUCCACCCUGUGCUGCCCUCUGUCCUCGCCACCUGCUCCUGGGAGGGCGACAUUAAGAUCUGGCACUGAGCCUCCUGGAGCAGAGCCUUCCGGAUACCGGCCAGGCCCCAGGCUCCCAUUCGUCCCCCAGGGGUGGGGGUGGUGUGAGUAACCAGUGAGGUCGCCUCUGUGAUCGGAGCUGGGUAGAAGGGGCCUCCACCCCCCCCCCCGAGCCUCAGUUUCCUCAUCUGUAAAAUGGGGACAGAGAUCUGUUUGCCUCAGGGUUGUGAGAACUGCAUUAGGUGAAAGCACCUGGUGGGUGGCUGCUGAUGCUCAAUAAACAUGAGUGUUUUGCUGUUUCUUAGGGUAUUUCAGUGACAGAUAUGUACGGGCAGCUUCGUGGCACCUUCCCGCUCCCAGGCCCUCUGGGGCUUGAGACAGAGACCAGAGGGAGCUUGAGAUAGGGCAGCCCCCCUCUGCUGAUCCUGACCACGGAGUCCCUGGGGGCCAGGGGCCGUGGGGGGCCACGGGGGGCUCUGGGUCUCAGGCCUGCCUUCAGGAACUCCGUGCUGGAGCACGGCAGUCCUCAUCAGUGCCAUGGGGCCCAGGCCCCCCCACCCCCACCCCAAGCAUGGCCCACAGAGUCUCACUGCCUGGAGGGGGUGUAUACUGCUCCAGGGAAGGAGGGAGGUUCCUGAGGAGCCCUGCGCGGUCAGGCUGGCAGGAAGAGCCAGCGCCCUGGGGGUCUAGGCAGGUAGGGGAGCCCUAGCACCAAAUCCCACAGGCCACUCCAAGAGCCCCAGGAUCCACUGAGGGUGAUGAUGGGAACCGGCAGAUAUCACAGCUCGGGGCAGGGGCAGGGGCGUCCCCGUGCCUCAGAAGGCUUGCCGGCAGAGGCAGACUGUGAGCUGGUGAGGAGGGCAUCCCCAGCAGAGGAGUCAGUGAGGAAGGGCAGAGGCCCUGAGGACGAGCCCCGUGGCGGGGAGCCAAGGGAGUAGGAACCACGGGUGCCCAGCUUUGCCUCUCCAGCACCCGGCUUCUAGGCCGGCUCUGCCGUCGGUGUAGCUGACGCUUCGUGAGUCAUCUCUCCUCUCUGAGCCUCAGUCCCCCCAUUGUAAAGUGGUGUCGGAACCCCCAGCCUGCAGGCUUGCUGUGUGGCUCCAAGGGGGUCACGUCCAUGGUGGGUGUCCGUACACUGGGGGUUCCAUUCCCUGGAAGGGGACUGGGCAGAUUGGGAAGGGCAUCUGGAGCUUGCAGAGGGCUGGUGCAUAAAUAGGUUUAUUUCAGGUGUCUAACUUGCUCAGGGGUCCAUGAAUCGGGCCUUCCAGGCGGAGGGAAGGACAGUGCAGAGGCCCUGAGGUAAGUCUGAUCCUGAGGUCCGACUCCUUUUCUAGCCUUCUCCCUGCCCCCACUGCCCCGCGCCGCAUUCAGCGCAGAGCCCCCGGCAGGCAGUGGGUGUUGAGCAGAUACAGCACCUGUUGUGCCUGAGCUGGGAUUCAGGGAAGGCUGGGGCUGAGCGUGGGGCAGGAGCUGGGGAGCUCACGAUCUUUCAGGGUGGUGAAGAAUGAACCCCCGAGCUCAUGCAGGACGCAGGGUCCCAGUGACUGUCUGCCCCCAGGCUCAGGUUGGAAGCGCCUUCUCUUUUUAGGCUCAGGAAUGGCUGAUCUGGUGAAAAGAAAGAUAAUCACAGCCCAUGCUCAGAGGGCCUGUCCCCUGCAGAAGUGGAACCCCCUGUGGGGUACUGUCCCUGGCCUGAGCAGAGCAGUGGGGGGAGCGGAGGCUGAUCUUACGUCCAUUCAGAUCCUUAUGCAGGUGGUAGACGGUCCUCCCUCACCCCUCAUGUGGCUGCCCCACUGAGCCUCUCGCCCCCCCUCUUUCUCACCGCCCACCCUCUAAAUAAGUUCCCCUGCUCAGUGUGGGAAGCCCAGUGAUCUUAGAAGCCUGCCCUCGGGUCACUUUCUCUGUGACAUGAAGCCUUCCCGUAUCACUCUCAUCGCUGAUGGGCUAAUGACACCCUCCACUGUGCUCUCAUGGCAUGGCGCCUCAGGACCUUUGCUCCCGCUGUCCCCUCUGCUGGGUCACUACUUCCCCCAUCGCCCCCCCGGAUCCCUGCCUUUCUCCUGCUGUGCCUCCCCUGAUCUCUGUGUCUAACAUGCUCCAGUCAUUCUCGGUCCUUUCCCCAGAGUGCUUAGCUCUGUCUGCUGUCGUCCCCCCUUCCCCACAACACGGGUACGUGCAGUGGAAUGUAAACUUCACGGGGUUCGCUGCCUGCUCCCUGCUGCGCACCUGGCCCCGGUCCACAGUGGGCAUUCUAUGAAUGACUGCAGGUGUGGCCUGUUGGCAGGACAUAGGCUUUGGGGUCAGACGGA